CGACACCCACAUCACAUUAGCAUCCCUUCCUUCUAGCUUGGUAGUUUCGUAAAUAAUAUCAAAUAGGAGACCAUCUUUGCAGCCGGUGACUAAACCCCUUCAAGGAUUCCACUCAAGCUCCACUCGCACCACACAGACAAACAAACCCAUCUCAUAUGGCUUCUCCUUCGCUCUUACAGUCCGCAGCGGCGUCGUAUCGUGGCCAAUUCCCAAUUAUUUCACCUCCUUUGUCUGCUAGAAUACCUUACGGAAACCCUAGAAAUGGCAAUUCCGUGGUGUCUGUGAGAGCAACUGGCGGUAUUGUGCUUGUGGAGAAAUCAGAAGCUGAAAAGACCAAUCGCCUUAAGACCACUUACCUUGAAAAGAUUGUUCCGUUGCUUAUGGAAGAGUUCUCGUACACUAACAUUCUUCAGGUUCCGAAAAUUGAGAAGGUUGUCGUGAACUGUGGCAUUGGAGAUGCUGCUCAGAAUGCCAAGGGUUUGGAUGCUGCAAUGAAUGAUUUGGCUGUCAUCACAGGCCAGAGACCUAUCAAGACAAGAGCCAGGAACUCCAUUGCCACCUUUAAGAUCAGGGAAGGUCAACCUCUGGGAAUUGCUGUCACACUAAGAGGAAGUGUGAUGUUCUCCUUUUUAGAUCGACUUAUUAAUUUAGGUCUUCCUAGGACAAGGGAUUUCCAAGGUGUAACCCCAAACAGCUUUGAUGGACAUGGGAAUUACAGCAUCGGAAUUCGUGACCAGAGUGUGUUCCCUGAAAUUCAAUAUGAUGCACUUGGUAAGCCAAAGGGAAUGGACGUUUGCAUCACAACCACUGCUAAAACUGAUCAAGAAGGCCAGAGGCUGUUGGCUCUCAUGGGGAUGCCCUUCAGAGAAACUAGUGGUACCGGUGUUUUGCCACGCAAGAAGAAGUUGAAAAAGCAUCAUUUUGAUUCAAAGUCGAGGGGGCGACGGUAGGAGUUAUCAUCAUUUGCAUUUGGCAAUUGCCAUCAUGUAUUUACUGUUUAUGUACUUGUCUCUAAUCUAAGUAUUCUGAUUUUUUUGCUUCAUAUGUUUUGCCUUAAGAAUGUGUUGACAAACAUGAAUGAGAGAUGGAGAGAAAUGCUAAUGGUGUUAUCUUCAUCUUGAGCUUGAGAUUGAGAUUGAGCUAGCAGAGAAUAUGAAUCCUGGAGGUUUUUCA